AUGGCGGAAAAUAACACAAAAAUAAUCCCCAAGCUAUAUUUCAUACCUAUUUGUGCCUUCUUACCAAUCUUUGCAUCAGCGCAAAUGAUCGGAAUGCAAUGAACCGCAUUAAGUGACUCUAUGGCUGUUAAAACAAUAUUCAGAUUGUCUGCAAGUGGAGGAUGAAUCCUAUCUGCAAUUCCCAUCGAAAUAUCAGCGAUACUUACAAAUAGAAAAUAA